CUACCCUACACAGUCCAGCCACAGUGGCUUACAGCAUUUCGUCAUCUUCCAUUAAACACUUUCUUCUCAGUUCUCAUUAUCUCUGUCUCUAACUCACACAUAGUAGCCACCUUGCAAUCUGUAGCAGAGGAUAAUAAGUCACCCCACCUCACAACCAAGCAAAGCUAGCUAGUACUACUUUUAGCUAAAGCUCUUUCAUUUAUUGACUGUGCUUACUUAGAACAACUACCAUCCCAAAAAAUCCCUCUUGUGCUUACUUAGAACAACUACCAUGACUUGGCAACUCUCAUUCUAAAACCAAAAGUAAAAAAAUAAAUGGAAUCAGAUAGAGAGAGACCCCAUCGCAGCACAAGUAGCAGUAGCAGCACAAGCGAGUUGUUUGUUUGCUUCACUUCCCGUUUGUCCUCUUCAUCCAUGAAACUCUCAUCCAAGUCCAUUCUCAGCCCAAGCCGCAGCAGAGACCCUCCUCAGAUUUCCCUCUCUUCCUCCCUCAGCAGGAGACUCAGGAGCAAUGGCAGCAUCAAGGGUGGUGGUGGUGGUGGCCAAGCAUCUCCAAUGUUCCCAACCGGUGGUGGUGGCAAGAGAAGAGGAGGCUGUGGCUUUGAGAAUCCUGAACCUUCUUCUCCCAAAGUCACUUGCAUUGGCCAGGUGAGGGUGAAGACCAAGAAGCAAGGGAAGAAGAUGAGGGCAAGGUCCAAGAGGAGGGGUGAAGCUAGCUUCAGGAAGGGUGAACAACAUCAACAGCAACAAGUUGGUGCUAAUGCUAAUGCAAGUGCAACAAAUCUGAAUCUGAAUCUGAAUCCAGAUCUCACUAGACAAAGCAGCCAAGGGUUUCAGCAUCACCAGAACUGUUUGAAGCAUAGGAAUAAUCAGAGAUGGGUGCAUCUUCCCUUGACUAUAUGUGAGGCUUUGAGGGAGUUUAAUUGUUUUUUUCCUUGUAGGUCUUCUUGCAUGUCAAGUGAGAAGGAAAAAGAGAAAGGUGGUGGUGGUGGAGUGGAAGGAGGAGGACAUGGGAUGAUGAGAGAGGGUUCAUGUGGGAAUACUAAUAAUGCUGUUGGGAGGUGGCUGGUGGCUUUGCAAGAUGGGGAUGGGAAGGGGAGGGGUAUUGAGCUUGUGAUGGAGGAGGAGAUGGAGGUCAGUGGGAGAGAGAGGAGUAAUAGUCAGAGGAGGCAUGUGUUUGAGGACAUUGAUGUUGAUUUGGUGGUGGGAGAGGAGGAACAGAAGAAGCAUGAGGAGGUAGUGGGUGGAGAGGAGGAAGAGAAAGCUAGAGUUAGCAUAUGUAUUCCUCCCAAGAAUGCUCUUUUGUUGAUGAGAUGCAGAUCUGAUCCGGUUAAGAUGGCUGCUUUGGCUAACCGGUUUUGGGAAUCUCCUGUUCACAAAGACAGAUGUCAAGAAGAACAAGAUGAAGAAGAACAAAACAUCAAAACAAAAGAAGAUGAACAACUAGAGGAAGUACAGGAAGAACAAGUUGAAAGAGAAGCCAUAGAAGAUAGCAUUUGUGAGAGAGAAACAGAAACUGCUGUUGUGGCCACUGAAGAUGAAGAACAAGAAGGGAAAGAAAGCUAUGAAAUUGAAAGCAGAGAAAUCCUGGAAAGCAAAGAAUUUGGUGAAGUAAAAGAGGAAGAAGAAAAGGGUGAUGAAGAAGAAGCAGCAAAUGGAGGAAAUGCCGUUGGAAAAGGUGAAACUUUAACACACCCAGAAGCUCAUUCAGAUCUAGAGAACCUUAGAACCGAAGAAAAAGAGGUUGAUCUCCAAGAGGGUAAAGAAGAAGAGAGAGAAAACAACGAAAGCUCGGAACUUUCUUCCACCUCAGAAACCGUCGCAGCUUCAGAUCAAGAAAACGACGGAGCAGAACCAGAAACAGACACGAAUUCGGAUCCGGAGGAGGAAGAAGAGAAAGAGAGCGAACCGAAGGAACAACCUCAGCAACCAGACACGAAUUCGGAUCCGGAGUCAAAGGAGCGAGAAAACGGGUCAAAGUGCCAAGAGAGAGAAAGAGAAGGGUUGCCGGAGUGCUUGCUGCUGAUGAUGUGCGAGCCGAAGCUGUCGAUGGAGGUGUCUAAAGAAACGUGGGUGUGCAGCACCGACUUUAUACGGUGGCUGCCGGAGAGACCCGCCGCCGGCGGCGGCAGCAAGAGGGUCGCCGGAGAAACGUUUACAAAGUCCAAGCCGAAGCCGAAGCCACCUCAGCCGAUGAUGCAGCUGCCAAGGUCAUCGUGCUCGUUACCGGCGGCGGGAGGCAGUGCCGGAGUGUCGAUGGCGGCGAUGAUCGAGCAGAAGCUGGUGGGGUCCAAAUCGGGUAACGGGUACGAGCCGUUUGUGCUCACGCGCUGCAAGUCGGAGCCGAUGCGGUCCUCGGCUAAGCUCGCGCCGGAGGCUUGUUUCUGGAACAACAGGAAGCUCGAGCCGCACCCCCCGGCGGCUCAGCUUGGAGUCGGUGCGCCGGCUGGUGUUGGGUUCUGAUUUUGAUUGUCUUUCCUUUUCCCCAAAAUCUUAAAUUUUCCUUCUUUUUUUUUAAUUGACAGAAUAAUCAAUUGUUGUUGUUAUUAUGUGUAGAUUAUUGCUAAACUUUGGGCAGCUCUUGGUAAGUUAGGAUUAUUCAGUAUACUAUUUUGCUGUUUUUAGAAUGUAAUCCUUUGUAUAAAUAGUUUUAGUGAUGCUAUUUGUUUUUGGGUCCAUUACUACUCGUUAGUGAAUUUAUAAUAAGAGUUUAAUUUCUGCAUUGUUAGCUAA